AUGGAUACUUUAGAAAAAAUUUAUCAAAUAUUAGGUUUAUUACUGGUGUACGUUAAUUCUAUACUUUCUGCUACAACUGGAACAAGUGCUGUUUCAAGCUCCACAGAUAUCGCUGGAACAACUCCCUCUAGCGGUGGUGGUGGCGGUGGCGGAGAUCCAGCAGAUCCAAACACAUCUACUACAACUGAAACUGUGUAUACAGAUUUCUUUGACGAUCCACACAAUCAAGCCACUUAUAUUGUAUUGCCGGUCAUAAUUCUCGUGUACGGAGGCUGUGCAUCAAUCUAUUGUAUUGAUAAGUGUCGUAAAUCAUGUAAGAAGCGGGCAAGACGAAAACAACAAGAACAAAUGAUGGGAAGUCGAGCUUUUCUGCAACAAGACGAGGAAAUUGAACAGAAUACUUUUGAAAAUAAGGCGUAUGAUCCUGACGAUCAUGGUAGACACAAUCAUAUAGAAGAAUAUAAGAAAAAUGAUAUCGGAAAUAAACUCGUGUAUCCAGAGAAGUCAAUGACUCCGACUGAUCCAUACGAAUUGGAAGCUGCGCAUGCAAAGCCCAUGUUACAGCACGGAGCACAGAAAAUGGGUUACAAUAUCAUGCCUUUACCGAACUCUACAGAGGACCCGGUUGUUAAUUCCAAUAUCGAUACACAUCUCAAGAACGCUUUUGCCAUGAUAGAGCAUGCUGCUCGAGACAUCAAGAUGCAACAAGCGCUGGAAAUGAGGUCCUGUCCUGACAGAUAUCCUAAACAACACGAAAACAAGACCGAGAUCCCAAAUAAAGGGGGUUAUAAAAAGAAAUAUUAUAUUGCCACAUAG